AUGGCGGACACUGAUCAAAGUAUUGUGACGGAAUUGUCAGAGGCUGAAGCAGGAACUACGACACCGAGCCGUAAGGAGCAUGCUGUGCUGGAUUUGCAUCUGAACCAGUUCCUUUCAUUUAUAGCUGAUGAAUACUCGUUCUUGCCGUGUGCUAUAUACAGGCCACGUAUCGAUAUAUGUUUGGACGGAAAGUUAAUCUACAAGAGCAGAGUGCUUAGUCAUGAGGAUGACAUCUUUAACAAUGCCGUGAGGAUCCGCAUACAGUCACCCACCUCUGUGCUUACGCUUAAACUAUACGAAUGCGUUCAACUAAGAUGGGAAGAGAAGCGUAUCGACAAUAUCAUUCGUCCUAUGCUCCUUGACGAGGCUAUGGAUGAAGUUCUCAUCUCUUGGUGUGAUAUAGAGCUGGCACUAUUGGUUCCUGCUAAACAGUACAAAAUGGUAUGCGCAUUCCGCGUGAAUCCGUUGUUUCUGCAUUACAACCCUGGCGGUAUAUUGUACUACCCUAUCUAUAAGGGCAGGCCAUUCAUAGACAACAAUCGUGUAUGUUCCGCCUGCAGGGUCUGUGCUUACCUUGCGUCGAACACAUCCAAAGUUCACAAGAAGGCUCUGAACAAGUAUUUUGAUUUCUGUUGUGAUGUGCACGAAAUACCCACGCCUAAGAAUUCUCUUCUAAAGGAAGACAGUGAUAUCAAUGGCGUUAGAUCUGACGGCAAAUUGGAGCGUGGAACUGAAAAUACUGUUAAAAAAGAUGACAAAGAGAUGGCUGGAAGUGAGAACAAGGUUGUGAGUAUGACACAGGAGCAAAAUUAUUCUAAGGAGUUGACCGAAGAGGUACCAUUUGUCAACAAGAUUGAGACACUCGAUCUCAAUCUGAAAAAGGUAUUCUUCACUAAUGAGGGAUGUACCUGUUGUAAGUUAUCGGAGGUUCCUCGCCAGCUCCGUGGUAUUAAUUACAGCUUUUGCCCAUGCUGCCACGACUAUCAGGUGUGUUGUGAGCACUCGUUACAAACAUACUAUUAUGCUUCCGUAUCUAUGAAACUGGUAUCUAGAACCCCAAUAGACUUCAAGACGGAGCUAUUGGCCCUUAUGAGCUCUUCUUCAGGUACACGCAAACGUGACAAUGAACAUACCGAUUCGCUUUGUGCGAUAGUCACACGUGCGUAUGAGCUGCACGAAGCAAUAGGUUUGCUGAAGAACCAUUUUGGAUUAUCGCCUGGUCACUUCGCCAGCAUACCUUAUAUAUAUGUGUUUUUGGCGGUGAUUUUGAUAGGGUUUGUCUUUGACGGGAAAACACUGACGACAUCAUGUUUUCUCCUUGGUUUUCUCAUCAUGUAUUUACGCACAUCAUCACUGAGACAAUACCACCGCGAUUGUGGUGAUUCUAUGGAGGCCACUAAGCGCAUGACUUUCAGCGGUCAAGGGCUUGAGAAGACGAUGCAACACAUGGUGGAGGAGGAUGAGGACUGCGAUACAAUAUUGGAAACUAAACGUCGGUUCCAGCGCAACAUGAAAUGCAUACCUCAGCACGAGUUUGUCGACGAGGUUAAGAUCUAUACGAAACUUUAUACCUCGCUUCAUCGCAGGGAGAAUAUUUCCAUCAAGACACUGACACAGUGCCUUUCCAAUAGUAUACCACAUAAAUUGAGGAUGCGAGCAUUGGACGCUCUCGAUGUAUUAGAUGAGUGUGUUUGGUAUGUGAACGCCAUGUUGGCAAUAGUGCGUCGCUUCGGUAUGUUUAUUGCCGCAUUCUUCUGCGGCAUGGGACUGUUGAGUCUCCGCUACGCAUUUUGGUUGAAAUGCUGCAUCAAGAUGUUGCUCUUUGUCUUCAUCUCAUCUGCAUUAAUGGAGGGGCACCCUGUAGUGCGAUGUAGCUUCGUGCAGAUGGGAUACUUAUUGAAGUAUCUAACAAUGCGCAUCUAUCGCCCGCGCAAGUUCGUGCCUACGGGCAACGAACCAGCUCACUACGCCCCUGGAGCAGGACGUGGGGCAACGGCUUUCACGACCAGGGCUGACUUUGGUUACUCCUCAAUAUCAACGAAUGAUCCUUUUGGUAAGCCUCCACCGGGAUAUAUCCCGGGUCGUGGAAGAGGUGCUACCAGUUUUGCUGGCGGUGUCUCACGUGACGAUGUGAGCGAUGCCGUUGACCUCUCUGUCGUCGGUGGUGAAGAUACACUGAACUUAGAGAACGAGCAGCUUUUCAAAGAUGCCGAAUAUGACGAUGAAGAUCGCGAAGCUGACCUCAUAUACGAGUUUAUCGACAAUCGGAUGGACGAGCGUCGACGUUCGAGGCGUGAAUCGCAUAUCAGGGCUGAAGUCACACGUCAGCGUGCAGAGAAGCCAACUAUACACCAACAACUUGCGCCACUUAAACGUGAACUGGAAUCUCUGACUAUGGAAGACUGGGAGUCGAUCCCUUCCAUAGGAGACUAUUCUUUAAAACGCAAACAACAGAACAAACGGGAGCCUCAGUACACGCCGGCACCAGACUCCUUGUUAUAUUCUGCCAGAGCUCACAUGCAGAGCGAGAGUAGUAUUGGCACCUCAACUCCACUCGGUUUUGCUACGCCUCUGGGCAUCAUGGGAGGCAGUAUGACCCCUUCAGGUACACGUUCUGUGUCGGUAAUACGUACUCCUGCUGGUGAUGCGAGUUCUCUGAAUGACUUAGGUGAAGCUAGAGGAGCCGUACUGUCGAUCACUUUGGACAAAGUGAUGGACAACAUUAGUGGUCAAACUGUCGUUGAUCCGAAAGGUUAUCUGACAGAUUUGAAUGCCAUGAAUAUUAAGAGUGACAGUGACAUCGCCGACAUCAAGAAAGCACGUACAUUGUUGAAGUCAGUAAUCGCAACAAACCCAAACCACGCUCCUGGGUGGAUCGCUGCAGCUAGAGUUGAAGAAUUGGCCGGUAAACUGUCUAGCGCCCGUGAAAUUAUUGCUCAAGCUUGUGAGAAAUGUGGUGACCGAGAGGACGUUUGGCUGGAGGCCGCUCGUUUAGAGAAACCAGAGUAUGCGAAGGCGGUACUUGCUAAAGCAGUACGUAUGGUACCGCAAUCUGUGAAGAUCUGGGUUGAGGCUGCGAAAAGGGAGACCAAUGUCAACGACAAGCGUCGCAUUUUACGUAAGGCACUUGAAUUUGUACCCAACUCUGUGCGUUUGUGGAAAGAUGCGAUAUCAUUGGAAGAUGAGGAAAAUGCUUAUGUUAUGCUUAAAAGAGCUGUUGAGUGUGUGCCUGAUUCGGUUGACCUCUGGUUGGCGUUGGCAAGGCUCUGUCCCUACCAAGAGGCACAGAAGGUUCUGAACGAAGCGCGCAAGCAACUUCCUACAAACCCUGAUAUUUGGAUAACCGCAGCCAAGCUUGAGGAGUCUAACUCCAACUUGCAAAUGGUUGAGAAGAUUAUUUCGCGUGGUCUUGAAAACCUUACAAAGAAGGGUGUGAUUCACGUGCGUGAAAAUUGGCUGAAACAAGCCGAACAGUGUGAGGCGAAUUCUUUUGUGGCGACUGCUCAGGCCAUCGUGAAGUGCACUAUGACCAUCGGUAUCGAUCCAAGCAUGUUGAAGAAUACAUGGCUGGAGGAUGGUGAGAGAUUUGAAGAGAAGGGUUCUUAUGCGUGUGCACGCGCAAUUUAUCGCAGUGCGCUUGACCAUAUGAAGACGAAGAAGUCGCUUUGGUUAGCUCUUGCUGAACUUGAGACUAAGCAUGGAGCGCCGUCAGAUGUAGACGAAGUUCUGGCACAGGCAACAAAGUAUUGCCCCAAUUCUGAAAUACUUUGGCUUAUGGCUGCUAAGCACAAAUGGAUGCAAGGAGAUGUUGAUGGUGCCCGUUCAAUCCUUGCCGAUGCCUACUCCAAGAACCAAGAGGCGGAGUCCAUAUCCCUUGCUGCAGUUAAGCUCGAACGGGAGCAUGAUGAAUUUGACCGAGCUCGUGAAUUACUGUGUCGUUCACGUGAAAAAUGUGGUACCCGCAAGAUAUGGAUGCAAAGUGUGCAGCUAGAGCGUCAACUAGGAAACUAUAGAGCUGCUAUUGCACUUUGUGACGAGGCGUUGAAUAUGCAUCCCAACUUUGACAAGCUAUGGAUGAUAGCAGGGCAAAUGCGCUUAGAGUUACCUGAACCAGACGUAGGCGAGGCCAUCCGUAUUUUCCGGACAGGUACUGACCAGUGUCCUUGGAGUGUAGCACUAUGGCUUUUGGCACUCGAGUCUCUAAUGCGUGACAAUGAACAUGCCAAGGCACGUGCUUUGGUUGAUGCUGCAAAGACCAAGAUACGUUGUAUCCUGGGACCUCGCCUGAAGCAUUCCGAGAAGGUGGCCACGGUAAAUACAAAGAAGCUGUCUCCUUCUGAGCUACUACGUAUAGCGAAGGCUGCUACUGACUUUUCACCUGGAACGGCAACGUCACCCCAAGAAGAUGAAGAGAUAAUAGAAUCCCUGGCACAGAUGAUCCUGAAGAGUUGCGAUUUACUGUGGUUACGUGCUGUUGAAAUAGAGUUGGAAUGUGGCAAUGCUGGGAAUGCGUAUUUUAUGAUGUCCUCUGCGCUUCAGGAGUUCCCAGACUCCGGUAAUUUAUGGGCGCGUGCUGUAUUUUUAGAGGAGCGUAACGCGCAGAAUGCCAAGGCUGUUGAUGCCUUGAACCAGUGUCCCACUUCCGCCUUGGUGGUAAUGGCGGCGGCACGACUUUUCUGGCGUGACAAUAAAGUGCUCAAGGCUCGUAAGUGGUUCCAGCGUGCGGUUGCUCUAGACGAUAGCAAUGGUGUGUUAUGGGGGACCUUCCUCGCAUUUGAGCUUGAUGACGGCGACGAGGAUGCCAUAAAGGAGGUGGUGAACGGUUGUACCAAGGCUGAACCUACUUCUGGGUAUGAUUGGUGCCGGGUUGUGAAGCGUGUUGCUAAUUGGCGUUUAUCGUGGCCGCAUAAAUUAUACCGAUAUGUCGAGGAGCAUUUUGGCGAUAUCUUGUCGAAGGCGUUAGAGCGGUUAUCACCGGAUGUCACCGGUGUACUGGUACCAGGUUCACCGCAUCCUGGGAAGGAAGCGUCUUAG